UCCUUCCCACAUCCCCUCCCCGCCAGCUUCGCUCCCUCUCUCCACUGGCACCAGUGUGUUAUGCACAGCAGCCAAAAGAGCAGCCUGGGGAGCCAGUGUUGGUGGGGGGGCAGCCGUGGGAAAAGGGGGGGGUAUGCCUCCCCUUCCCCCCUCCUCAGGGACACAGCACUGGUAGCCCUCGGAGCAGGCUGAAGGGGCACUCUGGGAGCGUCUCUGAACUUUUCUGCUGGAGGACAAAAACAAAAGCCCUGGUUCUUAAGAGGCUGCUUACAAGGGGAUCAAGGCAGUUGCCCUGCUAUCCCCUCACUCCAGCUCCUGUGACCUGCUGCCCCAUCUGUGAACCAGCUUCCACACUCCCAGCAGGAGGAGGCACAGGCAACAGAAGACGGAAGACAGUGGAUUAGCCCUAAACCCACGGCUUUGCUCGCUGCCAGCCAGACACAGCUUCCGGCAGCAAAAGCAGCACCUGGGGUGACCGCAGACCCCUCUGAGACACCUUCACACCACCAUCCUCAUCAGGGAGGUGGGGGCAAGAAAACAAGACUCCCCUCUCCCAUUUUCCUCUAGGAGGAGUUAUAUGACCAGCCAGAAGUCCCCUGCGCCACUCACUGGGGCAGCUUCUGGCAGCCAAUAGGUCUGGGACAUACACUCUGUGGGUAAUUUCAUGAGUGUAACAGUGCAAAGAAACAGGGAGACAGGCAAAAAUCCCACCAGCUACUCUUAAAGCCAAGGGACCAAAACGUGAGCUGUGCCCCCAGGUCCCUGAGAGCACCAGGGGCAGGAGCAAGAGUGACGGGGAGGCCAGGGAUGUGACAAGCCACCCUGGUGUUGAAGGCCCAGUGAAGGCUAGUUUCUUGGGCUUUUAAAGGUGUGGGUGCGCAGGCACAACAGGGUGCAAUAUGAGCCUUGGAAAGCUCCCCGUGAUCAGCUGGGUGUCAGGCUCCCAUGGCAAGCGGCGACUGAAGUCAGAGCUGACCCCAGAUAUGAUCAGCCCACCACUUGGGGACUUCCGGCACACCAUGCACGUGGGACGUGGCGGAGACGUCUUCGGGGACACCUCCUUCCUCAGCAACCAUGGUGGGGCUGACACAGCCAAAGCCAACAACUUCUUCACCCGGACACUGCGGCACGUCCGCCGGACACCACUGAGGAGCCGGGGCAGUGGGAGCCAAGCAGAGACAUCGCCUGCCCCCCCAGCUGUCUCACCCAUCAUCAAGAAUGCCGUGUCACUGCCGCAGCUCAAUGAGGGGAUGUAUGAUGGGGGCAGCAAUGGCGGAGGCAGCUUGACCAGCAAGUUCUCCUUCAAAAGUGCUUCCAGCAGCUUCUCCAAAACGCAUCAGGCCUACGGACUGGAGUCUGGAUUUUGCACCAUCCCUCGUGUCCCUCGCUUGGAAAAGGCCCAAGAGAGCACCUUCCCUGGGGAAACAGAGCUCACACGCUCGGACUCCCUGCUUUCCUUCCGCCUGGACCUGGGGCCCUCCCUGAUGAGCGAGCUCCUCCAGGUGAUGAGCUUCUCUGAAACCAACGGAAAUGAGGCAGGGGACAAUGGCCAAGAUUUGCCUGGUGGGCAUGUUCUCCUGCAUGGUGAGGGGACUGAGGACAGAGUCUCUCUGGGAUCAGGCAUAGCCCAUGCAGAGGGGAAGGCAGUAUCCAGCUUCUGGGACCACUCUGGGCAAACUAACCUGUCCGGGGGCAGCUCAUUGCUAGGACUGACUGUCCGUGCCAAUGGAGAGGCACAUGCUCUUGAGCACAUAGGAGAGGACCCUGCCAAAGUUAGGGGCUCUGGCUGGGCUUCAGGGAUGGCAGAGGGGUCAGGGGCAGUGUCCAGAGGGACCCUGUGGCAGGGACACUGGAAUGACUGCACCAUAGAGGCGGGAGAGUUUGACCGGGCAGCCCGUGUCCUGGCUCGCCAUUAUGGUGGGACGAGCACCCCACGUAGCUCAGAGGAAAAGAAUGAGGGUGCCCGACAGGCCCGGACGCAGGCCUUGUGGGAGAGCCCCAGCAGCAGCUCAUGGCAGUCACAAGUGACAACAGAAAGCCGGUCCCUGGAGGGCCCAUGGAACCAAGAAGAGGAAGAGGAGGAGGAAGAGAAUGAGCUCUCGAGCCUGCAGGAGGGGGAUGUUAGCACCCAGGAUGGCCGCAGCAAUUCCUUUGAGUACGCUGAUGAGGAGGAAGAGGACGAUGAAGUCAAGGUGUGAACAACUGUCCCUCCCACCACAGCCCCCCUCCAAAGACACCAGUGCCACGGUCUUUACUCUUCUCCCCAUCCCUUUCCCUCAGCUGCCAGCUCCACAAGUGAGCUGACAACAGACUCAAUGGGCGAACUCCUGGCUGAGUCAUGCUCCUCUGGAGAUGCACCAAGCUGAGGGCAGUGGGGUGCAGGAAGGUGCGGGCAGGGUGGAAGAGGGUAGUCCAUCUCCCAGAAGGCUCCUCAGGGCUGGGUGAGGGUGCCAUGGUGAGCAAGGGAAGGCCCGCUGUGCUCUGCAUCGCAGCACUGGGUGUUGUGGCAGGGAGAGACAAAUGCUCACAACCCUUCCCCCUCCUGACCUCGCUGUUGUUAGGUGCCAAAGGAAUGUUCCAAUACGCCAAAGAAACCCCAAAUUCCUUUCCACCCCAUCCUACGUCCUCCAGGCAAGCAAACACUUUGCUUGGGAAAGGGAGAGGUGAUAAACAGAGAGCAGACAGAGAGAGAGACUGUAGACACAGGGCUCAUUCCCCCUACGUAAAACCCAGCCCUGGAGAGGCAGUGAGUCAGGAGUGGGCUCUGAGACAGUCACGCUGGGACGAAGCAUGGCAGAGAGCUGUCUCAGCUCGGAAGGAGGCAGUAGCUCGUGUGCAAUGCCCCCAGACCAGCAGCACAAGCCGGCUGGAGCAGGCUCUGGAAUCCGGCUCACAUUCCUGCCUCUUGCCCCCACCAGGGCAGUGACACCAAGCCCACUCCUGGGGUGCCUGGAGGGUAGCAAGGCCUUCUCUCCUGCCUCACAGAGACCCCUCCCCCCCAACCCACACCAGCACCCUCCUCUCUCAUGUGGCUGCAGUACCGCAUACAGAGAAAUAAGGGGACCUCUCCCAACCCUCAGCUUAGCCCAGCUCACACACCUACGGCAUGCUCCAUCCUCCCAUCAAAGCCCCCUCUGUGCUGGCAAGGUUGCCUUGAUGGACAUACUCCCAUUGAUAUGUCUUGCACAUGAGAGAAGUUGGUCUGCCCAGCUCUGGCUAGUAGAAGACUCUCCCAUAUAGCACAUAUAUCUAACUACUGCGUGCCCUGGGGAGGUCAGCUGGAGGCUCAGGGGCCAGACAAACAUACAGAGCUGUGCCUCCCUCCUUCCCCUCCAGAAAACCACGAGCUCAGUGUUAAGGAAGGCAAGAUUGUUCACAAAGAUAAUUGCAGGGGGCUUUCCAUUUGCCUCCUGCUGCUGAACAUCACUUAGGAAGUCUUGUUUUCUAACCCCUGCCCUCUUGCAGCAGGAAGAGGGAAAGAUGUCUUGCCUUGAUGACACAGGGGUGAGAUUGUCAGAUCAUCAAAUUCUGUAGUUUGGGCCCCAAAAAAUCUCAAUAGUCAUCUCCAGUCAUCAAGAUUAAGAAACAUGAUGCUAGGGCCCUCCCACCACUGGAUGACUCCCCAUCGCACAAUAGCCUCGCCUGAGAGAUACCCUUUUCCAGGUCAAUUCUUACCCUUCCUUUCAUCCCAUCUCAGAACAAGACUUUCUCUCUGCAGCCACUUGGCUAGUUGAGAUCUGGGCUGUCUCUUUUCCCUCUUCUCCUCCUCUCCCCAUUUCCUACUCACACAUCCCUCUUUCCAGAGUGCCUCCCUCAAGGGGUAUUUGUGGAUGGUUAAGGCCUCUAACCGAGGGUCUCUCAGUGACAUGGCCUUCCUGGAACAAGCUGCCCCCCACGCUGUCCCACGUGCAAAGUGACGCUCAUAGAAGCGCCUUUGUGCCACAGCGUUGGAGCUGAAAUGCUCGGGGGCUGAGGUCACUGAAGGGACCCUCACAGGACUGCCCUUGUUCUCUGGGACAGAAAUGUGUGUGUAGCAGGGGGAGAUGCCAGGCCAUGGCCAAAGGGCUCUGUUCCCACACAGCUCACCCACUGCCUGGUCCUUCUGCAGGCUGCUUCUGUCAGGGAACACUCCCAAGCAUAAUAAAGAGGCUCCAACGUGUGCGCGUGUGUUGUGCUUGGGAGCAGCAUGUCUGAGUGCUGCUCCUCAGUCAGGUCAUCGAGGUUAUGGGCAGCUGAUCUCCACUUCCAGAGGCCUCUGCCUUGCACCAGCAGGCAGCAGCAAGCUGGGGCAGUCAGCCCUUUCCAGGAGUCCCCAUCUCCAGCCACUGACAACCAGCAGGGCCUGAGCCUCUACAGCCUUCACCACCCCUGCGCCCUCUGUCGGGUGGACUCUGGCUCUCAGGAUGAGGUCCCCUGCCCUCUUCUUCCUGCACUGUAAUACAAGCUCCAGACCAAUGACCCACAUCUGUGGAAAAUCCUUUCUGCCUCCACUCUGUAUCCCAUGCACUUAUUAUUGUUCUUAUUAAACCAGUUUUGAUACUAA